AUGGCCGCCUCAGCGUCAGGCGGCCCGGCCGACCCGCAGGGUGGAGCCAUGUUGGAUGAGGGCAAGAAGCCGGGAGGAGGCCAAGAGGGGGAUUUAAACGGUAGCCUGUUGGGGUCCAUCUUUGAUGAGGGCAAGGCCCGUUCCGGGCCGCCGAGCGGCGCGGGGCUGACGGGGCUCUCGUUGCAGGCGAGCGCGGCGCUGUGCGCGGGCGGCUGCGCCCUGCUGGCCCUGGGCGCCCUGCUGGCCCUCGUCGCCGUCCUGCUGCCCGCCGGAGCCUGCGAGAGGAGAGCGUGCGCCCUGGCCGGCUACGUGCAGGCGGCCGCAGUGUUCAUAAUGGCUUCCGGCCUUUUGGUUUAUCCUUUUGGUUUCAACUCUGCUACUGUGAAGAGAUUCUGCGAGAAUUCCGAUAUUUACUAUGCAGGAGACUGCCAGAUCGGCUGGGGCUAUAUGCUGGCAAUUGUUGGGGUCAUGUUGUCUGUCUUUUUACCAUUCUUUGCGAAAUAUGCACCAAAAGAGCACAUCUCUCCAACUCCAAUACCUACUCUUCUAUAGUAUUUCACUGCUGAGAGCAGAACAGCCCCAUCUACAGAACAGAAAUUAUUCUAGCACUUCCAUUUGGCUGCGCAGCUAAAGGAAAAAGAGGAGAUGGGGAGAGAAAGUCAGACACAGAGACCAAAAGUGCUUCGCUCGUCUUCCGUUCGCGUGAGUAGCAAACACUCUGGAAUUGAACUAAUAAUCAGCAGCCUUUCUACUGCUCUAACCAUACACGGGCAUAAUGCCUUAGACUAAAAAACCAUAAAAUCUGUUUAUCCUCAAUACAUCUGUCUACCUCCCAAGCAGUUUCUUUYGUGUCUCAAAACCUUAAGGCUUUUAAAAGCCUCGAUUCGCUUUUUAUAUAUUAAAUGUCAAAACUUUUAUGAACCCACUGAUUUUAAGACCGGUAAUAUUUUUGUUAUUGUUUUGAUUAGUGAAAAAAAGCCUGCCAGCAGUUGUGGCCUAAAAUUAAGCUUGGUGUCUAAAAAGAAUUGUAUACAAAAAGCAAAAAAGUUUCUUAAUCUAUUAUGCUUGGUAGAACCUACAUAUUGUAAAUUGCAGGCACACUUUUUUAACAUUGAGCUGGUAUUCAAGAUACAAAGUCUUCAUGGCAACAUCCAUACAUUUUAAAGGACUUUUGUCAGAGAGGGACCUGACUGUUUCCGAAGGCUCAAAGAUGAUGGGCUUCACAAAAGGAAAAAAAGGCAAGAAUUUGUUUUUAUAUAUUUCUCUAGAAUUCAGAGUUGUUUAUGUGAAAUUUUACAAAAGCGUGUGAACUAUGAGAACUGCAGGUUUUGUCUUYUGUUGCAUGUUUUUUAAGGCUGGAAAAGCAAAUACUUUGCUCAAAAUACCUAUAUGUCCAUAGGCCCUUUUAUAGGGUGAUAAUGCAAGUGAAAAGGGACUGGAUUCCGGUAUUUCCCCUCCUCCUCUUGAAUAGCCCAUUAUCCCAASUAACAUUAUUGGGAAGUGAAAUGCUACUUACCAUGAAUAAGAAUCGGAUGGCCAUAUUUCUUGGGUAUUUUUAUGUGAAAUUUGAGAAAUCUAAUUUUCACAAUAGCAUUUGAAUUCAUUACUGCCACGGAUUGAAGUAAGUGCACUUUUGAUUGCCUUAUGCAAAAGAACCAUAGGCUUCUAAUCUCACUCCACUCUUACC